CUCUCUGGAGCGCGCGCAGCAGGGACAGUAUGAGUUUGAUUUAGCUAGCCUAGCAUGCUAGCUAACAGCUGAGCUCAAGCCGACCACAGCGGACAGCAACAGUUGGGAGAUAACGCCAGCCAACACACACAGAGUCACAUCCUUUACGUUACACCGAGGCUCUCAUCCACGUGGAUCUGUGGUCCUCAUGGAACAAAUGGACGAGGAGCUGCGUUCCUUCAUCAGGGAGUACAAGGCCAGAGUGGCAGAGGACAAGGCCAGUUUGGACCAAGACCCUCCUUACAUGGAAAUGAGGAGCAAUGUCCGCAGAGCCCAGGGUUCUGCCGUUAAGGAGAACAUCCCACCCUCAUGUAGAACUACAGUUCAGGUCAAAGAGGAAGGCUUCUGUGUUGGUCUGCCUCUCGGAGUGGAAUAUGCCAAGAAGAAACAGGGGCUUCAACAGGAGCUGCGCAUGGACUUCAGGCGCUACAUGGCCGAGAAAAACCGCCUUGACACCGGACAGAGCAGAGACUGUGAAGACAGGUCUGCCAAGGAACAUCUGGUGCCCCACCCCCCUUCCCUCUCCCAGGGCCCGCGCCUCCCCAGCCACACCCAGCGCGGUGUGGCCUCCAGCGGGGGGGGGGGCGCCGCUGCCAUGCCCUCGGAGCGCAGGAGGCCCACGCUGAGGGCCAACCCACCGCUCCGCCGUCGCCGGGCCUCCCACCGAGAGGGCAGUGACGAGGGGCCGCUGGAGCGAGGGUCUGGGAACGAGGAGGAGGAGGACGACGGUGGAGGGGAGCCUGUGGAGGGCAGGCAGCCGCCGCAGCAGCAGAGCGUCAUGGGGGUCCCGGCCGCCGCGGGGACUAGCAGUUGGUACAGGGCUAUGGGGGAGAAAAGGGAACCUGUCGCAGGGGGCGCCAGAAUAGAACGGAGAUCCAGGCUAACCAACAGAGACCAGACUGAGUUUGCAACUGGACUUUUAAUUGGGGCAGCGGACGCGGAGGAGGCCCUGAGGAAGAGGCAGGAGCGCUACAGACAGGAGCUGGAGGAGCAGAUAGCCGACCAGCAGAGGAGGAAGAGGAGGGAGAAGGAGCUGGAGCUGAGAGUGGCUGCAGCCGCACCGGAACCAGACAAGCAGCUGGACCACAUCAAAUACAUGGGCCUGACCCGGAGGAGGGAGGGGGCGGCGAGGGAGACCUACACCGGCCGGCCCGCCAGGGACCACCCUCUCCCAGAGCCCGGCCGCACGGCCUUCCAGUCCCCCCUGCUCGAGUACAGCGCUGCCCUGGGGGAAGGCCUGCUGUCCCCCUACUGUCAGCCCGGCCCGCCCCCGCUGCACCGUGCCCUCAGGCUCCCAUCCUACCUGCCACACCCGCCGGCAGCGCCCCCUGAAGCUGAGCACCGGGGCCCGUGUCAGGAUACGAGUCACUACCAUGGCAACGGCACUGCUGUGGAGCCACACCCCACCCACCUGCCUUACUGUGGUCCGCAGCUGCCCGGGACCAGCGGGGGCUUCCCGGCGUCCUACUGGGCCGUGCCACCAGGGGGCAGCGCGACCCAGCUCGGACACCAGAGCCAGCACGGACACUACGCUGAGAGCCACGUUUCAGACCCCCCCCAUCCUCCUCCUCCUCCUCCUGCUGCUGUGGCUGCUACACGGAGCCCCCGCAGGGCGGCUGGCGGAGCGGCGUCUGUUGACUCUCUGGCGGGGCCGUUCCCCGGGGACAGGGCCCGCAGCACAAAGGACAAGAUGAACAGCUACAAGGAGGCCCUGGCCCAGCAGAUCCUGGAGCGCCAGGAGCGCCGGCGCGUGGAGCAGGAGGAGCGGGAGAGGGACGAGGCGCGGCUGGAGGCCGACAUGAGGAACCACCAACCCUGGGGCCGCGGCGGUGGGGGGGCCCCGCUCAGAGACAGCACCGGCAACCUCCUCACCGACCUGCACCAGAUGCACAAGCUGAACGAGGAGGCCUACAUCCGCCCCGAGCAGAGGGCCAGGAGAGCCCCCGCCCCCCCCGCCGCCCUCCCCCUGGCCGACCAGCCCGCCGCCAGCGACCGAGUCUCCGGUUUUGCCCAUGUGCAGACGCCCACGUUUGCCAGAGGCAAUGUGUUCACCAACGAGCCCUCGGCACAGCAGGUCCAUGAGCAGGACAAGUACAAAGUCUACCUCAAAGAACAGAUCGAGGCGAAGCGUCGGCAGAAGGCCGAGGAGCAGGAGCAGAGCCGUCUUGAGGAGGAGCGGGAGGAGCGGAAGCUGGUGGAGCAGAGAGCUCGCAUCCAGCGGGAGUUUGAGGAGGAGCAGGACCGGAGGAAACGGAAGGAGACGGAGCAAAAGAGGAAGAACGAGGAGCUGGUGCGGCUGGCGGAGGAGCGCAAGAGGGAGGCGGAGCGGGCCAAGCAGGCGGCGGAGGAGAGGGAGACGGCCGAGCUGAGGCAGCAGUACGAGAGGGAGCGGCAGGCGCGCCUGGAGGAGCAGGUCCACAGGGAGCCGUCCCCCCCCAUCCCAACGCUUCAGCGGAGACAGGGGACACCCCCGCGCUACACUCCCAGACCCCCGACCUUCGACAGCCAGCGGUCUACUGCCCCCAUGUCGGAGCGCUCCCUGUCCGGCCUACAGUCUCCCCCCGUUCCCGCCUGCAAGAACCAUCUCCGUGCCACAGAGGACAAGCGGGACGUAUUCAGCGAGCUGUCUGCACUGCGGCGGCAGCUGCGGAGCGAGCAGCGGCGCCUGGAGGACGGACUGCUGCAGGGCGACUGGGAGGAGCGGGCGUCUCCGCUGAGAGACCGGCUGCGGGAGCGCCCCCCGGUGGACGUGUUCGACAUGGCGCGCCUGCGCCUGCAGGCCGCGGUCUGCCGGCCGCUGUCCAGGAACCCCGAGCCCGGGAACCUGCAGCCCAUCCACGACUCCCUGCAGCUCCAACCCAGCGAGAGUGAGUUCAGGGCGCUCUCCACUGGGUUUCCCAGGGUCCGUGAGGGGGACAGGGGCGUGGCCAGCCAGAGGAGGCGGAGCUACAGGGACCAUCCUCCCAUGUCGGGCAGCCAGAGAACUGCCCAGGACGGUUACCUGGACGGGAACCCCCCCCAAAACAGACUCUACCAGAGGGGGACCACGGCGGGCUCUGCCAGAGGGUCUCUGUUGGACUCCGACAGUUCUUUCAUAGAUCCCCUGGGGGAUGCCUACCCCGUCCCCCCCACCCCGGAGCAGAGGGAGACCCCCCAGCUGUCAGCGAGGGAGAGGCGACGACUGACCAGGAAACCGCAAUCCCCCCCGCCCGCCUCCAGGGAUCCGGUUGGCCGGCCAAUCAGCUAUUCCCGCCAAUCCCAGAGCAGUGUUCAUGGGAUGGACCCGGGUGGGAGGAGGGUCCAGAACCAGACGGGGAGAUCCACGCACAGUCUCCAUGACAACCAGACUGGCCGAGGUGACCGACCCUCCCCCUCCCCCUCCUUCUCCUCUGAGGAUGAGGAGGCUGACUACGGGGAGGAGGAAGAGGGCUCCUCCCCCCCCCGCCACCCCACCUCCUCCUGGGACUCUGUGGCCACAGACCUGUGGGCCCAGCCCCAGGUGAAGGACACGCUGCGGCGAAUCACCAACCACCGCCUGCUCAGGAGGGAGCUGCCUGCUGCACACGGCUCCGCCCACUAAGAGGAAGCCCGCCCCUAAGACGAAGCCCCGCCCACUAAGAGCAAGCCCCGCCCCUACCUCCACAGCCCGCAGAGUACCCCCUCCUUCCUGGUUUUAGAAGUUCUAUUUUGAAUGAAUUUAUGCAAGAAAAAGUGAUCCUUUGUUAAGAUAAGCAGACCCAUCGCCAGACGAUAAGGGUUGUCUGCUGAAUGUUUGUGUAGAUUAGAUCUUCCUUUUGAUGUUCAUAUUUAAUAAAUUAUAUUUUAAUGAG